AUGGCUCAACAUGCAAAUCGAAGUUGUUCAGUUAGAGAAAAUCAACCGAAGAAUUUACUUACCGAUGAAGUACCAUCGUUUAGUCUUGGCUUAACACAAGACAAAGUUUUUAAUUUGGGUUCUACUAAUGUUUUCUCUAAUGAAGGUGUUACCAUUGAAGAGUUGAGAUCUAAGCACCGUAACGAUUCCGAAAAGAUUGUGGAAAUAAUGAAAAGGAAAGGAUUGACAAAAACUUCAUCUCCCACAAAAUUUCAAAAAUCAGUGAAAAAGAAAAAGUUGGAUGAAAAAGGAGAAUGUAGUAAAAUUGCAAGUCCCGUUGCAUCAGAUUCUGAAUCUGAACAAGAGAAAGUGGAGGAGGUCAUUCGUGAUCAAAUAUUCAUGGCCCGGAUAUUGCCCAAAUUUGCUCCUCAUAUAGGACGUCAUACGGUCAAUGACAUUGAAGAUCGUAUUAAGACAAUGCUGACGAAGAAUCAGUACAAGAUGUUUUGUACUAAAAGUAUAUUUGGUUUCUUCAUGAAGAAGAAAGAUUGUGUAGUCCAAGCCCAAUUAGGGAGAUGCAUUAUGUCACUUGAAACUGGGGAAAGUUCUACAAGUUCCAUAGUCAUUCGAGCAAAGGGCACAAUUCUUCAUUUCACUAUUAGAGAAUUUGCUUUGGUGACUGGCUUGAAUUGUGCUACAAAUAAGGAUGAAUUUGUGUUUGAAGAGGAGCGCCCAAAUAGAAUUAUUGAUCAAUACUUUGAUGAUGAGAUUGAUACCGUAGCUAUUUCACACCUCCACUUUGAUUUGGUUGAGAGUAGUCGCUACAGUGAUUAUCCAUGGGGAUCGGUUGCAUUUGAAGAAUUAGCUAGAAGUUUGCAUAAAAAGUUGAAGUCGAAAGAAAAGUUCUAUAUGCUACUUGGAAUGCCACUGGCCAUUCAAAUUUGGUUAUACGAAUGUUGUUCAAAUGUACCUCGUAAUGUUGCUUUCAAGGUGGAUUCUCAAAUCCCUCAUAUUUUGAAUUGGAAGACAAAUUCUCCUCGUCCAAGAUAUGAAAUUCUUAUGGGAAGUAUGUUUGAUGAUACAGAUGACAAUGUUGUUUUUAUGAAUAUCGAGCCAACAAGAACGAAGAUUUCAGCUUUUCAUAUACCGAAGAAGCUUGUUCCUGGAUCUGCUAGUUAUAAUGAAGAUGACAUUGAUUCGGAUGAUGAUUUUCAGGAUCCUCCACAAAGACAAAAUCAGUUUACCAUAAAGAAAAAACAUCAUGGCGAUUUGACUCCAAUUCACAAGUUAAUUCAAACAAAAGUUACGCUACGUGGAAAUAGGAAAGACAUAAACCAUCCUGACAGUAAAAAAUCUAUUUCGGUUCAGUCACCUGCUCCGUCUUCGUUCAGUUCUGAAGAUGAAGAUGGUGUUGUCUCGAAGAAAGUCUUUGAUAAGUUUUGGGAAAAGGUAUGGAAAGAGUUUAAUGAUAUCCGUGGCCUAGUGUCUUUCAGGUUUGAUCAGAUGAUGAAUGCAAUCAAUGAAAAUAAGGAACAAGAAAAAGGCAGCAAAUCUGAUCAGCUAUUAGCGGAUGAAAAUGUUAAGAGUACAUCACCCUAUCAAGCGACUACAAAAUUUGUUCAUGAGUUUAAUAAGAAUCCUGAAGUCACAUUGGUUGUCGAAGAGAUGGCAGGAUAUCAAAGCAACAGUAUGAAUGAUGUGUAUAAUGAGAUUGAUGGGUACAAUGAGGAUAAUGACAUUGUUCUGGAAAAAGUUGAUAUAGAUGUUCAUGAAGCAAAAGAUGUUUGUGUUGCUCUGAUCACAAAAUCAGUUGACGAAAGUAUUGGUGAAGCACAAAUAUCAGAAUCUCAACUCAGAUUUUCAGAUGACGUCCUUAGAAGCAUUGAUCUUGACUCCAUAACAAAAGCCAAUGUUGAAGUUGAAUAUGAGUUCAAGAUCUUUAUAAAAUUUAUACAAAACAAAGAAGGUGCGAUUGAGAUGAAUGUAAAUACACCAGCGGGACAUGAGUCAGAGGUUAAUGAUGUGGACAAUUCAAAGCUAGAUCAGCAAUAUAAGACUGAAGUCCACAUUCCUGUGGGAGUAAAUGUUGAAAGAAAUGUUGAUCAACAUUUGUCUGACUCUCAGACUACUCUUUCGGAUGAGCUUCUUCCCAGUCUUAAUGCGUAUGUCAAUCUUGAACAAAGUAUAAUUGUACAUCCAUCGGCAAAUCAAGCACAGCAAACGCCAAUGCAUGUUUCAAGAAUUAGGCGACCAUCUAGAUACAAUGAGUCACCAUUCACAAUGAAAUUUGGUUCAACAGAUGUAAGCACAGAAGAGCAAUGGAGAACAUUCGAUCAGAAGCAUCCCUUCAUAUCUCAUCCAGUUAAUGCAAUAGAAGACACUAAAUUCACCAACAAGUUCAUGACGUGGCUUUCAUCGGAUCUUCUUAAAUAUCAUUCGAAAAGGAACAUCAAAGAAGAGCAUUAUUUGAAGGAAAAGGCAAAAAUACCAGUUAUCAACUUUAAAAUUUUAUCUGUUGAAGACAAGAAUUGGUUCUACGUUAUGGGUACUCCUAGUCAGACGUGGUCAGAUGAGCAAAUUGAUGUAUGCUUGUACUAUCUGCGAAAGAAGUCCAAGUAUGAUCCCAAUAUCUCAUAUAAGUUUAGCACUGUAGACUGCAAUUUCAUGAACAUUGUUACAACUGUGUUUGAUGUGUAUAAAUUGGAUGAUGCAACUCUUAAUGCUGGUGGAAAGAAAUAUCAUCUGAAUGAGUAUGUAAGUGGAUUCCGCAUGCAUGCUACAGUGCCAUGGUGUAUAUAUGUAUAUGAUUCUUUGUCAGCUGCUGGUCAUGAUGCGGCAGUGCUUACUGAAAUUAAAAAGUUAGCUAAGGAUUGUGGUUUAUAUAUGGUUACGUAUGCCGAGUGUCUUACUUUUGGUGAAGUUGUUCCAUGUAUUGACUUUGACCCAGAUCUAAUUCGCAUAAAAUACUAUGCUUCACUGUUGUGGGAUUAUGGUACUAGGAAAGCAAACGCAAAGGCACAAAGUGAUGAUGAAGCACCAAUGAGGCCUCUUCGGAUCACUGAGUAA